AUGGUAAACAAGCUGUCCAAAUCAGCUCAGUUGCAGCGAUUCUGCUCUGUCACCAAUGCUACCACAGAUGAAGCGCAAACUUACUUGAAAGUGCAUAACAAUCGGUUGGAGGCGGCCAUCGAUGCUUACCUUACUGACCAAACGAACUUGGCUCAUUUACCUCGCCUCACUGCGCAGCAAGAAAAGGCUGUUCGUGCUCAGCUUAACGCCCUAUUCGACAAGUACAAAGGUGCGUAUAAUCCUUGCUUAUGCAUGACAGAUGACGAUGAGCCCGAUUUGAUGGCGUCGGAGGGCGCCUUGGCCAUGUUGCAAGAUCUCGGCAUUGAUCCUGCUAGUGUCGCCGUUCUCCCACUAUCCUAUUAUUUGAACGCUCCAACAUUGGGCCAGUUCACACGCUCCGACUACACGGAGGGCUGGCUACGAUUGGGGGUGGGUGCCACCACGCAAGGUCCGCUCACGCAUGAUAUUCUUCUGGCACAGCAAAAGGAAGCUGUGGCACGCAUGAUGGAGACUUUUGCACAGGAUGGACCUGUGCUUCCACUAUAUAAGACACCAUCUCCGCCUUCGAAGAAAGGAUUGUAUACCACUGUGUACGAAUACACAUUCGCAUUUGCCAGGGGCGAAGGUCAAAAGAAUCUAGGUUUAGACAUGGCUCUUGCAUUUUGGGACCUGCUCAUGCCCUACGCUCCAUCGUACGGUGCAAAUGGCUCUCGUGCGAGUGCUGGUCCGCCUUCCUUCUCGCCAGCCCAGUUUGAGAUGUGGAAGCGCUUUUUGACAGAGGCGUCUCAACUCCGUGUUAUUUCCAAAGAUACUUGGUCUCAAUUCCUUGAGUUCACACGAGAAAUUGAUCCAGCCUUUUCGAAUCAUGAUUUCGAGGCUGCAUGGCCUUCCGUGAUCGACGAAUUCGUAGGAUGGGCUCAAGAACAAAAAAAGAUGUAG